ACAGUGGAUGGAUGUAAACAACAUUGCGGCGUACGAAAAUGAUGCGUAAAUUUGCGAAAUACUGGCGUGAUUCGGCCACCUUAGUCGUAUUGGCACGCAACAAACCAGCGACAACUAAUGAAAAAUAUAACUAUAAGGUGCUUACGUUUAAGCGCACGGAAAAAACUUCCUUCAUGCCGAGCAGUGUCGUCUUUCCCGGCGGUGGUUUCGAUCGGCAGGAUGGGGCACUAGAAUGGACAAACUUCUUCGAACAGCGUGGCGUUAACACCGAUCGGCUUAAAAGUCUCACGCAGGUGACCGGCCCGCGACCGUACAUCUUCCAAACAGAAAGCGACGAUCAAGUCGACCGAAACAUUUCGCUCCGGUUGUGUGCGCUUAGGGAAGCAUUCGAAGAGCUUGGUAUUUUGCUGGCCGGACCGGUUGACGAGCUGGAUGCCAGGACAGACGGUUACAGUCAGUGCUUGAAGUCGUUGGACGUGCCCAGUUGGCAGCGACGAAUACACGAUGGAGCCGCUUCGUUUCGUGAACUUCACAGCGAACUGGGAGUUGUUCCGGAUAUAUUCAGUCUGUACGAGUGGUCUUGCUGGCUAACGCCUACCAUGUUUCGCAAGCGACGCUUUGAGACGGCGUUCUAUCUGGCGGUAUUGAAUGAAAUUCCGUCCGUACACCCGGAAGAGCACGAGGUGGCGGAGUAUCUCUGGGACACACCAGCGGCCCUACUGGAAGCACACAGGGCGGAAAAGCUUUGGCUAGCGCCGCCACAAAUGUAUGAGCUGACCCGUCUCAGCCACCUGUACGACAUCGAUCAGAUCGUACGGUUCGCGAUCGAACGCAACCGGAAAGGCUCGACUGUGCUCUGCCCGGUACAGUACACUGUGUCCGAUGGGGUUGUGUUCGUGCUACCCGGUGAUGACCUUUACCCGGCAAACUACGACUUCAUUAGCAAGCAUUCCGACGUGGACAAGUACAGUGAAAUUACACGAGAAGAAUUGCGUUCGAAAGCGAAGAGGUUACACCGUGUGGAACAUCUGGGUUUGCAUCAUCAGGAGUACUUUCUCAACCAAAUGCCUCUCGAUGGGCAUCUCAACUUGACGGGAGACAAUGGUCACUUGGUCGGGCUUUGAAGGGGGUUUUCCCCCAUGGGUGUUAGGUUGUUAAAGCUAUAGGGUAUUUGGUAUUAAAAUGAAACUAGGAGCAUGAAAAUGUCCCUCCAAAAACCGAUUCCACACCUUGUUUAUUAAAACG